AUGAAGGCUGUCUCCCUCCUCCUCCUCCCUGUCCUGGGGCUGCUGGUGUCCGGCAAGUCCCUGUGUCCUGUGGAUGAAGCCAUCAAUCAGAAGAUCCAGGAGGGCACCAGCUUCCAAUUCCUGCGGGCUGUCAGGAACAUCCACCUGGACUGCAACACUGUCACCUCCAGGGGGGACCUGGCCUCCUGCCCUGCAGGUUUUGCUGUCACCGGCUGCACAUGUGGCUCUGCCUGUGGUUCAUGGGACGUGCGUGCCGACACUACCUGCCACUGCCAAUGCGCUGGCAUUGACUGGACCGGAGCUCGCUGCUGCCGCGUGCAGAUCUUAUUUUGA